AUGGGGAGUAAAGCCCUAGAAGGAUACAACGGUACAAUAUUUGCCUAUGGCCAGACGGGAAGCGGCAAGACGUUCACGAUAACGGGCGGAGGGGAGAAGUACACUGAUCGGGGAAUCAUUCCACGAACCAUUGAGUACAUCUUUCGACAGUCUGAGAAGGUUAGUUUCUCUAUUUUGUUCUUUCGCUAUUUACCCUUUAUGGUUAAACAGACGAUCCAAAUUUUUCUUCGUUUUCGUCCACCGUCCAUAAGAAAAUCUGUGAUACAGUACAAUGUGCACCAGGUAACGGGUGGCGAUCGACCAUGCGUGACACUGAACGUGAAUCGGGAAGUGCGUGAAUACGACAUAUGCAACAGAAGGGAGCUCUACAACUUUCAGUUUGAUGGUAUCUUUGAUGUUCUUGCUGGUCAAGAUCAGGUUUUUGAUGCUGUUGCAAAACCCAAUCUGGAAGAGGAUUUUGAGGUGAGCAUAUCCUACCUGGAAAUCUACAAUGAGAACGGAUAUGAUCUACUGGAUACGCGAUAUGCUGUGGCCAAGAAAAUGGAAGAUUUGCCACGAGUCACCCUGUUCGAAGACACAGAGGCUGGAACAGUUCAUCUGAGAAAUUUAUCAAUUCAUCCGGCUGUGGGGGUUGAUGAGGCACUAAAUCUGCUGUUUACGGGUGACACCAAUCGCAUCAUUGCCGAGAAAUACACUCGUUUGCAAAUCAGUUUGGUUUUCACGGGAGACUCAACUGAAUCUCUCGUUUAUGAUGUCCUCCAAACCCCAACGAACGAGGCCUCAUCACGGUCGCACUGUAUUUUCACUCUGCACAUUACGUCAAGAUCCCGGACAUCUUCCACUGUUCGUCGAGCGAAACUCCAUUUGGUCGAUUUGGCCGGGUCGGAACGAGUUUACAAGUCCGGUAUCGACGGAACCACGUUGACCGAAGCGAAGUACAUCAACUUGUCUCUUCAUUACUUGGAACAAAGUUCCUUGGUGAGGAUGGCGGGAACGUGUUUUCUCCGCAGUGUGGCUGCUACACGUGUUCCAGGAUUGUCCGCGGAGAGUGGUUGGCUUCCUGCUCCCUGCGCGCGCGCGAGUUUGUGUGCUGACUAUGUGCUGACAAUGUGCGGUUUUCCUAUACGUAGGUCUGUUUGCGUGUACGUGGAAGCUUGUAGAAACAAAAUAGAUUCAGCUCAAAGCUUCAACAGAGCAUCAGUGCUUGACAAGUCAGAUCUCUGGGGUUCUUCUAACUUUCUGUUUACACUAGCCGAGUUUACUUCAUCUUUUCACCAAACAGGUCAUUGUCGCGCUUUCCGAGAAACAACGCUCUCACAUUCCCUACAGAAACAGUAUGAUGACAAUGAUAUUGCGGGACAGUCUCGGCGGGAACUGCAUGACCUCGAUGAUUGCGAACUGCAGUGCCGAACAGAGACAAUAGCAACUUGUCGAUUUGCCCAACGCGUAGCUCUAAUAAAAAAUGAUAUGAUUCUCAAUGAAGAACAAGAUCCCCAUGUGGUCAUCGGUCAUUUGAAAGCAGAAAUUGAAAGAUUAAAGGCAGAACUGGCUUUCACAACAGGGACGGAGCAGGAACUGACAGAAGAGGAAAAAGAGAGGAAACUACUCACACGGUUGCUGGAAACUCUUCGACAGCUCACGACCGGUUUCACCUUUCUUGGUGCUCAUCAGGCGCAGUCCCCGAGAGGCUCAACUGCAUGUCUCAUUUAUGAUAUUCUCCAAUUAAUUGUACUGUACAAAGAUGUGAACGGAUGGUCGAUCGCUUCUUAUCGACCAGUACCGAGAAUGAACCGUUCAGUUUUCCAGCUGAAAUGUUCUCGAACGUUCAAAAAAUCUGCUUCUGUCUCAAACUCAUUCAACAUGACAUCAGUGUUCAACACUGAUGCUUCACUGCCGUACAGUCCAUGGUUGUACGUGCUCUGGGAUACUGCCAGGGCGCCCACACCUAGACAGGAGGACGAUCAGGGUCCUCAGCCAAAGCCUUUGGCUCUAAAGCCUAACCACAAGGCAGCGGUGUUUGGCAGGAAAUGCAAAUGCAUUACCAUUUCUACGGAACAAGUCGCCACAUGUUCCAACCCCCAACCUGGACGGCCAGGAGACGGUGAAUUGCAUGGAAAACGAAUGAGAGAGGGUGUCAAAUCGAGAUCCACAUCGGAAACUAAACAAACCCCAGCACCACCGCCAGAGAAUCAGGAGACAGAAGAAUUAAGGCGGAUUAUUGCUCAGAAAGACCAUGAGAUACGUAUCCUUUCCGAUCAAUUUCCUCUGCAAGAAAAAGGCUCCUUUGUAUCCAGAAAGCACUCGAGAAAUUCCACUUACGAGAACCGUGCUCUACCUGAUAGCUGCAUUCAGAUGUUAUCCCACGUGUUGAUUGGUUUACUGAAACGAGGACAGACCGGAGAGCACUAUGUAGCCCAGCUUGAAGAAACUUCACACGAUCCCGUCUCCGCUACUGACGAAGAUUCACAGCAUGAUGACAAGAACGACAGCACACCGAAACUCGAAGACGAACGAGAUAAAGCAUGCGGACAGACCGCAGCCCCUAACAAUGUGGUCCAAUGGCUGGAACGAGGGACUAAGGACCGACUGCUGGGGUCACUUGCAAAUGGUCGCGAGCAGGCAUUUGAAACCUUCAAGCGUGAACACCACUCAACCAAACAUGUUGAAGCAAAGAAAACAGAGCUACGAUCCUUAUAUGCCGAGGCUAAGAAUUACGCAAACGAAAUGUGUCUGGCGCGGAAUGAAGUGGUUUUCAUAAAGGAAACUACUCACAGGGUUGCUGAAAUCUCAUCAAAAGUCCACGACUGGUUUCGCCCUUCUUGGAGCUCCUCAGGUAGGCGCAGUCCCCGAGUUUCCAUCAACCUUAUGUUCUGCUUGAACCCAGCUUGGACUGUUUUCGAGAAAUACACUCAUUUGCAAAUCAGUUCGGUUUUCACGAGAGACUCAACUGAAUCUGUCGUUUAUGAUAUUCUACAACCGGAAGCAUUGCCUCAAAAAGUACACAGCAAGCAAACGACCUUAAGUGUCAACCCACUAAUUCAGAUAGGCCAUCGUUCAACCGUAACACCAUUCGGGUGA